UGACGGCGGGGUGGGUUGUGGAGCGCUGAGUGGCCAGGCUGCCUGACUGGCCGGCUUGGGCGUCUGGGCCGUGAAGGUGGGACCGCCGGUUGUGGGCGGCAAGUUCCCCUCUCCAGCCUCCCGCCGUUCGUAGCAUGUCCCCCAGAACCCGGGGAGCGCAGGUAGGACUGGCUUAGAGAAGACGCGGUCCCUAGCGCUUGGACCACGGACGUGCCACACCGCUCCUCUGUCGCUGGAGAACCGCCGGGCCGAGCCGCUGGGAGAAGCAGGCCAGAGCCUUCCAGGGCCUCCGGCCCGGGGACCCGAGGAGAAUGAGCUGGCUCUUUCCCCUGAGCAAGAGCGCCUCCUCGUCCGCAGCUGGGUCCCCCGGUGGCCUCACCAGCCUCCAGCAGCAGAAACAGCGCCUGAUCGAGUCCCUCCGGAACUCACACUCCAGUAUAGCCGAAAUACAGAAAGAUGUGGAAUACAGAUUGCCAUUCACCAUAAACAACCUGACAAUUAACAUUAAUAUAUUGCUUCCUCCACAAUUUCCUCAGGAAAAACCAGUGAUCAGUGUUUAUCCACCGAUACGACAUCACUUAAUGGAUAAACAAGGAGUGUAUGUUACCUCUCCAUUAGUAAACAAUUUUACCAUGCACUCAGAUCUUGGAAAAAUUAUUCAAAGUCUGUUGGAUGAGUUUUGGAAGAACCCUCCAGUUUUAGCUCCUACUUCAACAGCAUUUCCUUAUCUAUACAGUAACCCAAGUGGGAUGCCUCCUUAUGCUUCUCAGGGUUUUCCAUUUCUUCCUCCAUAUCCUCCACAAGAAGCAAACAGGAAUAUCACUUCUUUAUCUGUUGCUGACACUGUUUCUUCUUCAACAACAAGUUAUACCACAGCCAAGCCUGCCGCUCCUUCAUUUGGUGUCCUUUCAAAUCUGCCAUUACCCAUUCCCACAAUGGAUGCUUCAAUACCGACAAGCCAAAAUGGUUUUGGUUACAAGAUGCCAGAUGUCCCUGAUGCAUUUCCAGAACUCUCAGAACUAAGUGUGACACAACUCACAGAUAUGAAUGAACAAGAGGAGGUAUUACUAGAACAGUUUCUGACUUUGCCUCAACUAAAACAAAUUAUUACUGACAAAGAUGACUUAGUAAAAAGUAUUGAGGAACUAGCAAGAAAAAAUCUCCUUUUGGAGCCCAGCUUGGAAGCCAAAAGGCAAACUGUUUUAGAUAAGUAUGAAUUACUUACACAAAUGAAGUCUACUUUCGAAAAGAAGAUGCAAAGGCAGCAUGAACUUAGUGAGAGCUGUAGUGCAAGUGCCCUACAGGCAAGAUUGAAAGUAGCUGCACAUGAAGCUGAGGAAGAAUCUGAUAAUAUUGCAGAAGACUUCUUGGAGGGAAAGAUGGAAAUAGAUGAUUUUCUCAGUAGCUUCAUGGAAAAGAGAACAAUUUGCCACUGUAGAAGAGCCAAGGAAGAGAAACUUCAGCAGGCAAUAGCAAUGCACAGCCAAUUUCAUGCUCCACUAUAGAUUUUCCUGGAAACAUGAACUGCCAAGAGAGGAAUGGGACACAAAACUAAACACCAUUUUAUAUUUAUGGUUUGCAAACUGGCAUUUCAUCAGUGGCUAAAUUCACAGAUAUCCUAUAUAGAUUGUAUACAGAACUGAGACUGAUUUUGUACAGAUUAGAAUGAUUGCUAUGAUCUUUACUUUGAGAAAUUUUUCUGCACUAUUUGCACUGAAAUGUUUAUUUAUUGUUGAUAAAUCCUAUCAUAUUUAAGUUCCACUGCUGUUCCUCUUACCUUGAUUAAAUGCCUAUGCAUGUAAUUUUAGCUAGUUUUUAAUAUUUUAUAAAACUUCAUUUAAAUUUGUAUUUUUAACUUGAAGCUCCAUUUCUUUAUCAAGAGUGGUAUUUAGAUUUUUUUCCUCUUAACCUUUUUUGAAAAACUAUUUUCAACUGUGAGGAAACCCUUAUUUUUCUUUCUUUCUGGAUAAAACUUUCAAAAGCAAUUUAAGAUAUUCAUAGUAUUAGGAAACACCAAACCUGCCUAUGUGCCAUCUCACAAAAGAAACUUUUAAUACCUACAAUAAAUCAAAAGAAUAAACCAGCUAUUCUUA